AUGCUUACCCUUCGCGGCUGCUGCGCCAUGCUCGCCAUGCUGGCCUUCACUCCGUGCUGCGGCGCAGCAGCGACGCAGUGCUGCAAGUACAGCCCGACCGCGACGUUCGACACGCUCGAGUUUUUCAGAAGCCUCCACCGCCAGCACGGCGUCAACGCCUACUGCUUCUUCGGCGGCCUCGUGGGUGCCAAGGACACCUAUGCACUCACCUUCCUCAUCCAAAAGGUCCCGCCCUUCCUCUCCCUCGUGCCAGUCUACGAAAUCGGGGGAGGCUUCAACACCCAAACGAUCCAAACCUACGACCUCGACGCAGCCCUGUCCGUCAGCGCGACGGUGGAAGGAGGUGAUGGGAAGAAGAACUGGACUGCCCACUCCUCUUCGUUUCUGGGCUUCGAACUCUCUGUCUCCGCAGGAGAGAGCGCAGUGCCCGGAGAAGCAGGUACCGUGUACGACCUCAAGCUCCACUCCAGGGCCAAGAGUUUCGACGUCCUGGUCCGCUUUAAGGACAUCAUGGGCCUUGUGCGCCAGGGCUUCGGGCCUGACAGCUUCCUUCCCAACUGGCUCUCCCAAGAGCAGAGGGACGUUGCGAACGCAAAGUUCGGCGGGGCAGUCGACCGGUACUUGGCCGGGACUCCCAACGCCACCCUGGAUUGCCAGGGUUCUUACUACUUUUCGAUGCCGCUCCUUCAGGUGGAGAGCUUUGAGAUUCGACAGGCGGGCAAGGUCGUCGAUUCCGGCAACUCUGGCAUGCUUUGGUCCGACUACGUAGUCCAGACCUACGACAGCAAGGGCAAGGCGCUCCUCAAGAACGUGAGCUGGCAGUUCUUCGCGCUCCAGUUUCCCGACGUCCGCUCCGCCAUGAUGAUCACGGCGGUGCGCACGGCCGACGGUGUCUUCCAAGAGGCAAGCCUCUUCCAGGGGAGCGGCGACCGCCGCACGACGUGGACGCUCGAUAACCUCAAGAUUUCUCCGAAGGGACAGCCCUGGACAAGUCCGGCAAGCCAAGACCGCUACUACCUGUCCUACGACGUGACCAUGAAGAACCCGGACGCGCAGGUGUCGCUCGAGGUGCUGUGGCCUGAACCUUGGUAG